ACCGCGGCCAAUCCAGUUAGCGGCGCGGUAUAUAGCGGUACCGCCGGUCAGGGGUUUCGCCAGUGAUCCGACCAGCUCGGCGGCUGUGAGAACACAUACAGGAGACACCUCCGCUCCCCGACCUUCCCAUGGUGGUGGCUGUCAAGGUUUUCAAGAAGACCAGUCCUAAUGGUAAACUAACGGUCUAUCUGGGCCGGCGCGAUUUCGUCGACCGCCUGGAUCAUACCGAUCCGGUGGACGGCGUCAUCGUCGUCGAAGAUGGAUACAUCAAGAGCAGAAAGGUCUACGGAUCGGUGGUCGUCAACUACCGAUAUGGACGCGAGGAGGAUGAGGUCAUGGGCCUCAACUUCGCCAAGGAGAUCACCGUCUUCAAGGAGCAGAUCUUCCCGCAGGCGAACAACGGCGAAGUCAGCGAGCUCCAGGACCGGCUGCUGAAGAAGCUGGGACCCAAUGCGUUUCCGUUCCGGUUCCAGCUGCCUGAACAGGCGCCCUGCUCCGUCACCCUGCUUUCCGGCGAGGGAACCUCGGGCAAGCCGCUGGGUGUGGCCUACGAGAUGAAGUGCUACGUGGCCGAAAAUGACGAGGAGAAGCCGCACAAGCGCUCUUCAGUCGCCAUGGUCGUCCGCAAGGUCCAGUACGCCCCUGUGGACCGUCAGGCCAAGCAGCCCAGCACCCUCGUCACCAAGGGCUUCACCCUCAGCUCCGGCAAGCUCAGCUUGGAGGUCAACCUGGACCAAGACGUGUUCUACCACAGUGAUCAGGUGAACGCCAAGAUCCAGAUAAACAACUCGUCCCGAAAGCAGGUAAAGAACAUCAAGGCGCAGAUCGUACAGCACUGCGAGGUGACCAUGGUGAACAAGCACUUCACGCGCGUGGUGGCAGAGAUGGAGACCCGCGAGGGAUGCCCCAUCACGCCCGGCGCCUCCCUCUCCAAGACAUUCCACCUCACUCCUCUGGCCAAGAACAGCAAGGACCGCGGCGUGGCCCUGGACGGACAACUCAAGGACGCUGACGUCAACCUGGCAUCAUCGACGCUGACGGCCAACGACCGCGGCUCUGCGGACGCGCUCGGCGUUGUCAUCUCGUACUCGGUGCGGAUCCGUCUCAACUGCGGCGCGCUGGGGGGCGAGCUGAUGGCCGACCUGCCGUUCAAGCUGCUGCACCCGCAGCCGGGCUCCGAGGAGCAGCAGCAGCACCGCGCCAACCAGAAGGCCGCCGCCAUCGACCGGCCCGCCAAGGGAGACGACAUCGUGUUCGAGGAGUUCUCCAAACUGCGCCGCGGCAAGAGCGUCGACGAUCUGUAGACCCGACUGACCCGAGGACGGUCUUCUGGAGAACCUUGGCAGCCACGCGCCGCCAGACAGCACGAGCACCCGGGCAGGCGGCCGGUGCCGCGCACGCUACGUCAGCAGCAGACGGCCCGGCCCGGCCCGAAAUACAGCACCGCACCAACAGACAACCGGUCAAAGAUACCCAGAGACUGAUUGGAGCUGUAAAGGAUAAAUAAAACCAAAUUAUAUCGGAAAGAUAUUUAUUGUCGGCGGAAACGAAAGAAACCAAUGGGGGCAAGAUAGUAAAAUACAACAAGUCUCCGACUCGAUGGUCUAACUAAAACAGUAAUGACCGCAGGACGUUUAAAA